UCCCCUGCGAUGCUAAAAAUUAAUUAUUUAUUGCAAGUGCACAAACUUCCAAUUUGCAUCAUUUACUUGUAGUACAGUGCUUUUCCAAGGAUUUGGAGCUCAUUACUACUACUCAGAGUCUACACAGCAAGUGAAGCUAUGGCAGUUUCAGUGGAGGCCGCUAGGAUGCCAAUGGAGAGCGAUUCUGAAGCUCCAAUAUAUGAGAACAACAAUCUACUCCAAGAUCAAGAAGAGAAUGAUCAGAGCAGCGACACAGCCACAGAGAUGGAGCUACCCGACACACAAAUGCAACCCUCGGAGCUAGAAGAAAGAUUAAGAGGCUAUGAAAUUCUUCAUGCAAGGAGAGCGAAUCCAUCUACUGCAACAGAUGACGAAGCAUCAAUGGAGCGUUACAGCCCCGAGUCUGCUAGUGGAGGUAUCACCACCCCACCACCUCAUUACGAUUCUAGGACCAGCCCCACCCAGCCCCCCGGUAGAGGCCGCGGGUUCUGGGGAGGCCUUAUGGCCUGUAUACACCCGGUUGCUGCAUACCUGCGCAGAGACCUGGACCCUAAAGUCAAGAAGGACGCGUGGGAGGUACCGUUUGAAGAUAUUCGAGAUCUUGAAUUUAUCGGCUCUGGCAGUCAGGGAGCGGUUUUUGUUGGAGAAUACAGAGGAAAUAAAGUAGCCGUGAAGAAAGUGAAAGAUCCGAGUUAUUGUGAGGAAGUACGAUACUUGCGGAAGCUCAAACACCCAAACAUCGUCGUCUUAAAAGGUGUUAGCUCCAGCCAUCCCGUCCAUUGUCUCAUAAUGGAGUAUUGUUCCCGUGGCAACUUGUACGACUAUAUCCACAAGAGUGAUGUGGAGAUCCUUCCUCACACAGUGGUAGCAUGGUCACGUCAGAUCACAGGUGGCAUGCAAUACCUCCACUCCAAGAAGAUCAUCCAUAGAGACCUCAAAUCAAUGAAUAUUCUAGUGUGUGAAGACGGCCGUGUGAAGAUAUCUGAUUUUGGAGUGAGUCGCUCCAUUGGUGAUCGCAGCACUAAAAUGAGCUUCGUGGGCACUGUGGCGUGGAUGGCACCAGAGGUCAUUAGACAUGAGGCUUGCUCAGAGAAGGUCGAUGUGUGGGCGUACGGCGUGUUGCUAUGGGAGAUGCUGACUCAGGAAAUGCCAUAUAAGAAUGUAAACAGCUCGGCUAUUAUCUGGGGGGUGGGCAGUAACAGUCUCCACCUACCAGUGCCCUCCACCUGUCCUGUGGGGCUCAAGAUACUCUUGGAAAUGUGCUGGCAACCUAAGCCAAAGAAUCGACCAUCCUUCCGACAGAUAUCGCUGCAUCUUGACCUUGCCGCAGGGGCUCUAUUGGCCACGCCCCCUGAGACGUACCUCCUGGACCAGGAAACAUGGCGUGCUGAGAUCAAUCAACACCUGAGCAAAUUACGUAGCGACGGGAUCCCGAAGGACUUUGACCUUCUUCAUCGGAGGGAGGAGGAGCUUAAACACGCACAGGAUGUUAGGGUUGUGUAUGAGGAAAGGCUGCAGUCCGCUAACCAGUUAUAUAAGGAUCUACGAACGUGUGAGAGUCACCUCGACGCUAGGGAGCUGGAACUGAAGAGGAGAGAGCGGCAGUUGAAUGAAGCUGCGUAUCGAAUCAAACGUUCAUCAAGCUCUACUGCAUAUCCACACGACCAUCGCCAUAGCGACUCGACUGAAGACGAACAACUAGCUAGCCGCUUUACAGGAGACCACACCCCCAAACUGGAUCCUAAAAAAGAAACGGCCACGCCCAAGAGCGAUCGAAAACGAUACAUCAGACGUAAAAGACGAUCUGGCGCCCGUCACACAUCUGAAGGCCAAGGAUUCCUCGAUAAAGUCACUAAUAACGACCUAACUAGACGGCAAUCACUCCCCCCACUACAGAGCCUGAUUCCGCCCCCUCACACAACACACACCCCCUCACUCGCUAUUCUCACGCCCCCGGAUGAGGAGAAAUAUAUAUUAUUGAAGCUCGAUCUGCAAUCUCAAGAUUCACCGCCUGAAGAUCUACCGGAUGGUACUGCUGCAAUCUCACCAGGAGGUACGCUGUCACCAGGGGUAACUGAGUUAUUGGAGCGUGUCCCAUCGCUACGGAGAACAGAUUCAAACGGGUCCACAAAAAGUCGAAGACGCGGUUCCAGAAAUGGCUCGCCUCUCAAUUUAUCCCCCGUCAAGAGACAAGUGUCCGGGGCUACUGGUUUCUAUUACAAUUGUCCGUUGCCCUCGGCUGCUUCUUCUAGUCGACGUGCUUCCAACAAGACCACACCUGUUCACGAAUCAAUCAUCCCAUAUUCAAAACUAGGCAUGUCUGAUUUCAGUUCUGAGUCAACUGAGAACGAGACUGGCACUACGCAUUCGUCGGCCAUAGCCGGUAAUAUCACCUCGACAACCACCAGUACUUACGAUGAUGAUCACGUACCAGCGCGGAAACGAAAUUCGGACACCCUAAGAGAGGAGGAUUUCGACCCUACCACCAUUGUAAAUGUCGAGGCUUCUCUAAGAAGUAUUUGCAGCAACGAGAGCAGUAUUGGAACCAGAGCUAGUGACGGAGGAAACGAUGCCGAUUCCGAGUCCAAUAACGGGGAUGACCCUUUGAGCGAAUUCGAAACAGCUGAAACGAACGAUUCCACGUUGGGUUCAGCGCCGUCCCCUUCUGUACCUGAUAGCGACGAUAGCCCGUCCACACACAAUCUACUGUAUGGAACCGAGACUGUCCUGGAUCUGGAACCGAAGAAUAUGAACUAUCACCAACCAUCCUACGAUCACUACCCACCCAAUGACACCCACAUUUCUAUUCUGUCGUCAAUAGUAACCGAUUCGGUAUUACCACAUGAUACGUAUGCAGGAUCGGAAACUUUGUCAAUUUUAAACCAUUCUACAGAUUUAUCAAGUCUGACCACUCGUAAACAAGUAGCGCAACUUAUCUCGAAAUUUGAAAGUGUAGAUAAUAUAUCUGAAGAAGGCAUGCCAAGAGAUAGCACUGUAGUUGAGUCUCUAGUUGUUUCGAGUGGUGUUAGUACUCCCAGGGCACUCGAGGUCCCUCUGCACAUCAGGCGACCAAUCACAAGAGACCACAUCUCGGGCAGUUACUCGCCAAAACAGGCAGAGGAGGUUUGGAGAAAAGCUAGUACCAAGUCAUUGUCUGCCUCCUCUGAUGACAUCAGUAGUCACACUAUAGUACGCCACUUCUUUGAGAACGUCAGUCGUUCCCCUGGCAACGGGCAAAGACUGAGCGCAGCUGAACUAGAGGACAGUGGAUUUCAGAGUCCCCAGUCUGGAGUGCAAGUCAGUGAAAUCUAAUCAAAAACUGUCACUAUAACUUUUUUACCAAACUGUUCUAGCCUUUCAUAUUAAACAUUAUAGGUUAUAUCAAUUUUCACACACAGUUAGGUUUUGUAUAAUUAUAAUUAUUAUAUUAUACAGCGUGGUUUCUAUAAUUAUUUUUCAAAAAUUAAAUGCAUACCUG